AUUUGUUAGAAAAUUCAAACAUAAUCAAGAUGUAUAAAUGUAAUUUGAAAUCUGUAUAUCGAUUUUUUCGAUAUUACUUCGAUUUACUACUAUUUAUAUACUAUUUAUAUACUAUUAUUAUAUACUAUUUACUAUUACUAUACUAUUUAUUCGAAUAUUACUUUGUAUUUUAUAUAAAGCAUUUACUAAAUGUGAUAUUUUUAAAUCAAAUAUCUUUGGUUAUUUUUUAUUUAUUUAUUUCGGCCUCGCCUGCUGUGAAAUGGACUUGGUUUAUAUUAUACUAAUUCACGCAUUCCACAUUCCACUUAUUCCUACAACACCUCCGCCUUCUUUCUUUCAAUAAAAUUUUCUUUUUCUUUUGUCUCUUCUACUCUAAAUAGAAAUUCAUCCCUUUUUCUAAUCAAAUACUUUGAUAUAUUUCUAAAAGCAAAGAACAGCUAAAUAUAUUUUUUAAAUGCUGAAUAAUGUUACCACAUAAUGAGUACACAUUUAUCAUCAUUUAUAUUUGAAUAUGAAUAAAUCUGAAUAUUAAAAAUUGAGUCUGCAAUGAAAUAAAUAUUAGAAAUUCUAUUUUAAUUUUAUACUUUAUUAUUUUUAAACAAAUUUAUUUCUUUGACAAUUCAAAUAUGUAUCUAUAAUAUGCACUGCAUAAAGCACUUUAUUUACAUCCAAGUGUUAAUUUAAUAAGUAUGGAAACUUACAUUACAUUGCAACUUGCUAUAAGAAUAUUCCAUAUGCUUUGUUCUAUUCACAUACAAUAAAUAUUCGUUUAAUAUAAUUAUGAAUGUAAAAAUAAUUUUUUUUAUAAUAUAUAUUAAAAAGAUAAUAUAUUGAAUUAAUAUUAAAAAUUAAUAACUAAAUGAUCAUAUAAUUGCUAAAAAUAUAUUUUUCAUCAUUCAUACAAGAAAUCCAUAACUUGUACAGAAACUACAUUUUUAAAUAUUUAAUUAGAUUAUUAUAAUUGAUAAUUUGUGUAUAAAUUUUUCUUAUAAUCUAUCCUGUAAAGUAAUAUUUUUAUGAUUUUAUUUAAAUUGACCCUUGUUUUCCAUUUAUUUUCAAAUGCACAAAUACUAAAUAUCUGUUAUAUUUCAUGUACAUACAUGUAUAUGGUUCAAGUUCAUGAUUUAUGAGGAAUUUUGUCUUACAAAUUUUCCACUCUUACUUAUGAACAAGAUGAAAAUAUAUAUCAUGACGUAUCUUGUAGUCAUAACUUUAGUAGAGGGGGUGGUGCUAACAAGGCUCUAACAUUCACUAUAAAAGUUCUUGCUCGAAAUACGAAGGUGCUGUUAAAAAUGUUGUGUAACAGUGAAACCAAUCGAGGCUCUAAAACUUCUCAAAUAUUGUACUUAUCAUUGUUUUUAUUUUGUAUAUCUGUACAGUUAACGUCAUGUGUGUCUGAUACGAGUUAUAAUGCAACAACUACUAUGUUAACGAAUAUUACAUCAAAUAAUCCAGUUGGUGAUGACUUAUAUGUCAUAAAAGCAAUGGUAUAUGAAAUUGGUAUAUUAACGGAUGCGGAUAAUGCAACUAACGAUACUACUGAAAGGCAAGAAGUUAAACUCUCAUUUUAUAACUCUCCUAUCGAGGACAAUGGAUCAUCAUAGAAGGAUAUUAUCUAUCAUUGAUAUAAGUUAUCUAUUGUCAUCUAUUGUUCAUGUAUUUUAAAAGUUCAAAUUGAUAUUACAUCAACAUUUGAAUGAAAUUUAUAUCAAAGAAUGUAAUUGUUGUAGGAAAAUUUAAUUGUUAAUAAAGUUUUACUUUAAUAUAUGUAAUGAAGUAUAACAAAUAAAUACUUUUAAAAAGAUUA